AUGGCUGCGCAGACGGGCAUUGAGGUCGCUUUGGCCAAGAUUAUGGACGUGGUGCAGAAGCAAAAUGAGGAAAUGUCUGAGCUGCGUCAGGAGUGCGCUCAGUUGCGCCAGUCCAACACUGAGAUUAGCCAGCUUUUAAGAGAGACCGUCAUGGGUCGCCGCGACAGCACUGGUCUCGCCGUUUUCACACCUGGUGGUGAUGGCUCCAUGCGAUCAUUCAGUCCCCAUCCGCUGCCCAAGCUGUCUCCGGCCAUGAGAUAUAUCCCACCACCCUCGCCCAGCCCACAGCUCACUGUCCCUGCCAUGGACCGUGAAAUCCCGGGGUUUUACGUUAUUAUUCCCGCUGGUGGUGCUGGUACUCGUCUGUGGCCCUUGUCUCGGGAGAAUCAUCCCAAGUUUCUCCUGGAUAUUGACCUCUCCGGCCGCAGCUUGCUUCAGUCGACUUGGCAUCGUCUGGUCCCUCUUGCCGGAUCGGGCCGUAUGACUGUUGUCGCUGGUCCUAGCCACUCAGAAGCCAUUCAGACUCAGCUUCCUCAGCUCGAAGAUGACAAUCUGUUCACUGAGCCUGGUCCCAAGGACUCCUUGGCUGCCAUUGGUCUUGCCGCCGCCAUUCUUCUGCACCGCGAUCAGAAUGCCGUCAUUGGAUCCUUUGCCGCUGACCAUAUGAUUGCCGGUGAGGAUGCUUUCCUCAACUCUGUUACCGAAGCCGUCAAGGUCGCCGAGGAGGGAUUCCUUGUCACCAUUGGUAUUGCGCCUUCGCACCCUGCCACUGGCUUCGGUUAUGUCAAGCUUGGGGACAAGCUGGAUGUUCCAAGCGCCCCUUCUGCUCGCCUGGUCAGCUCAUUCAAGGAGAAGCCGGAUGCCUACACCGCGGCCAAGUACCUGUCCUCUGGUAACUAUCGCUGGAAUGCGGGUAUGUUCGUCACCAAGGCGUCUACGCUCAUGGACUUGGUCAAAGAGUAUGAGCCUGAGCUGCACCAGAACCUGACCAGAAUCGCCGAGGCCUGGGAAGACAAGACCCAGCGGGAUACAAUUCUCAACGAGGUGUGGCCUACUUUGGAAAAGGUGGCGAUUGACAAUGCCAUCGCUGAGCCUGCUGCUGCUGAGGGCAGAGUCGCUGUCAUUCCGGCUACAUUUGGUUGGGACGAUGUUGGUGACUUUUCUUCCCUGGCUGAAAUGCUUCCCGCCGAAGCCAACUCUCCCAGAAUUCUCGGCGAUCGCAACAUGGUUGUUGCCCAACAAGCCCCAGGUGGCAUUGUUGUUCCCGGAUCCGGCCGCCUCGUCGCUUGUCUUGGUGUUGACGAUCUCGUCAUUGUGGACGUGCCUGAUGCGCUCAUGGUGACCACUCGUGCUCGUGCGCAAGAAGUCAAGUCGCUUGUUGCAAGCUGCCGCAAGGCGGGUUUUAAGAAUCUCAUGUAA